AAGAUCUCUGGAGCUCCUCUGAGCUGCAGACCAUUCGAGCAGUGGUAGAAAAAUGGCGGCUCUCAGUAAAUAUGUUACUGCCAAGAACUCCUCCGUAGCAGGUGGCAUAUUGCUGUUGCUAUACCUGCUGAAAAACAGAAGACGAAGGCCAGUGAAGGAAUGUCCAAAAGCAGGAUCAGAUCUGCUACUAAACUUGGAGAAGGAUGGCAAAAAAGAUCGUGCUGCAGUGGACAAGAUUUUCUUUCUUCGGAUUCUACAGCUUUUGCGAAUCAUGGUUCCUCGUUUGCUUUGCAUGGAGACUGGAUACCUUCUCCUUAUUGCUGUGAUGUUGGUGGCAAGGACCUACUGUGACGUUUGGAUGAUUCAAAAUGGCACACUGAUUGAAAGUGCAAUUAUUGGUCGCUCAACGGAACAUUUCAGGACCUACUUGUUCAGCUUUGUCCGAUUCAUGCCACUUAUAGCCUUGGUGAACAACUUCCUCAAGUUGGGCUUGAACGAGUUGAAACUCAAGUUUCGAGAGAGGCUGACGAAGGAUCUGUACGACCAGUACUUACAGGGUUUCACCUACUACAAAAUGGGCAACUUGGACAACCGGAUUGCCAACGCAGACCAGUUGCUAACACAGGAUGUGGAGAAAUUCUGCAACAGUGUGGUGGACCUCUAUUCCAACCUCAGCAAGCCUUUGCUGGAUAUUGGUCUGUACAUCUUCAAGCUAGCAAGUGCUAUUGGAGCUCAGGGCCCAGCCAUCAUGAUGUCAUAUCUGCUCAUCUCGGGUUUGCUGCUGACCAGACUGAGGAGACCCAUCGGCAAAAUGACGGUCACAGAGCAGCGAUAUGAGGGAGAGUACCGCUACGUCAACUCUCGCCUCAUCACCAACAGUGAGGAAAUUGCCUUCUACAAUGGGAACGUGAGAGAAAAACAAACUAUUCACAGCACAUUUCAGAAACUGGUUGACCAUUUACAUAACUUCAUAUUCUUUCGUUUCUCAAUGGGAUUUGUGGAUAGCAUCAUCGCCAAGUAUAUUGCCACUGUGGUGGGUUAUCUGGUGGUCAGCAGGCCGUUCUUAAACCUGUCCCAUCCACGACACCAGCACAGCACACAGUCUGAGCUAUUGGAGGAUUAUUAUCAGAGUGGGAGGAUGCUCCUUAGGAUGUCCCAAGCCCUUGGGAGGAUUGUUCUGGCCGGUCGAGAAAUGACAAGGCUGUCUGGAUUCACAGCUCGUAUCACUGAGCUGAUGAAAGUCCUAAAGGAGUUAAAUUCAGGCAAAUAUGAGCGCACCAUGGUUUCCCAGCAAGAGAAGGCAGAAUCUGACACAACAGAAAGAAAUAUACUGGUCCCUGGAAGUGGUAAAAUCAUCAACCGAGAUAACAUCAUCAAAUUUGAACAUACCCCAUUAGCAACACCAAAUGGCGACAUCCUCAUCAGAGACCUCACAUUUGAGGUGAGUUCUGGCACCAAUGUUCUUGUGUGUGGACCAAAUGGUUGUGGCAAGAGCUCGCUGUUUCGAGUGCUUGGAGAGCUUUGGCCUCUGUUUGGAGGACAACUGACUAAACCAGAGAGAGGGAAGCUCUUCUACGUUCCACAGAGACCCUAUAUGACUCUGGGUUCUCUGAGAGACCAAGUAAUUUACCCUGACACCCAUGAAGACCAAAGGAAGAAAGGAAUAUCUGAUCAGGUAUUGAAGGACUACUUGGACAACGUUCAGCUGGGCCACAUCUUGCAGAGGGAGGGCAGUUGGGACUCUGUGCAGGACUGGAUGGAUGUUCUCAGUGGAGGAGAAAAGCAGAGGAUGGCUAUGGCCCGACUAUUCUACCACAAGCCCCAGUUUGCUAUUCUGGAUGAGUGCACCAGUGCUGUGAGUGUGGAUGUGGAAGACUACAUCUACAGCCACUGCAGGAUGGUGGGCAUCACUUUGUUUACAGUCUCUCACAGGAAGUCUCUUUGGAAGCACCAUGAGUACUAUCUGCAUAUGGACGGAAGAGGAAGCUAUGAAUUUCAAGCCAUCACAGAAGAGACUGUGGAAUUCGGCUCUUAGUUGCCUGCACACGAUUGUUACGACGGUGAUGACAAUGAUCAGCAGCAAAACAAGGAGGAUGCCACCUGCAAUCACUCCCACUGAAUACACUGUUGGAAAAACACAAUCAGAUAAUGUGUUGUACUGUACAAGCAUGACAAUGUGUUUGUACAAAGAAAGACAUCGAUCCACUCGAUUGAUCAAGAUUUGAUGAUUCCACCUUUUUACAUACAGUCAUGAUACCGUAAUUCAGUGGUCUCAAACUCGCGGCCCGCGGGCCAUUUCCGCACCAAGUCACAUUUUGCGGCCCGCAACUUGACAGGAAAGAGUCCUGUAAAUGCGGCCCGCAAGCUGUAAGUUAAGCCAAUGAUGCUCAAAGGGUGAAAGCAUAAGCUACCACGGAACUAAGAGUGUGUCACAUGGAGAAAUGAGGGUCACUAAACAGAACACUGCCUACAAUCGUGGUGCUAACACACACACACACAAAAUGACAGCACGACAUGUAAAAGGUAAGUAACUACUAGGGGUGUAACGGUACACUAAAAUGUAAUUUCGGUUCGGUUCAGUUUCUUGAAGUGCUCGGUUUGGUUAAUUUUCUGUACAAAAAAGGAAGAAAAAAUGACUUGAAAUGCUUUUAUUUAACAAAAUGCAAACACUUUUUUUUAAAGAAAUAAAAGCAACCCAUUAGACUCUGAGUUUUUUUAAAUAGAAAUAUAAUAAUAAAAUAAACUGUUGUAUUUAAACAAUUGUUUAAACAUUGUGGCGAAAUGUAAUGGACAGUUACAGUUAAAUAUGUCUGUCCAUCCAUCCAUUUUCUAUACCACUUAUCCUCAUUAGGGUCGCGGGGGCAUGCUGGAGCCUAUCCCAGCUGACUUUGGGCGAGAGGCGGGGUACACCCUGGACUGGUCGCCAGCCAAUGGCAGGGCACAUUAAGACAAACAGCCAUUCACACUCACAUUCAUACCUAUGGACAAUUUAGAGUCGCCAAUUAACCUAACAUGCAUGUUUUUGGAAUGUGGGAGGAAACCGGAGAAAACCCACGCACUCCCACGUACUCCAAUACCGUGUGUUACUGCUUUGGCCCGGUCAGAGUUGUUUGCUAGAGGUUGUUUAUAUGCUGAAGUUAUCGGUGUUUGCACUAAGCUGGUUUUCUUUCUCGUAGAUGUAACGUUCACAGCCGGAUGAUACCGCUUUAAGUGCGCUAACAUGUUAGACGUGUUUCCUGCAGCAUACCCGAUAUCGUUAUAGAUAUUAUCGUUAUCGUGAGCCUUACUCACAAUACUUGAUGAGGCCCAGCCUCACCCAGACUCUACCUCCAGUGGCCCCCGGGUAAACUGAGUUUGAGACCCCUGCCGUAAUUAAAAAAUGUGGAAAAAUAUUAAAUGAAAUUGAAAAAAGUAUGAAUUCAAAGGGAAAAAUAUGAAAUUUGGCAUUGGGGCAUUACAGAUCUUUACGGUGUAUUUUUAAGGGGGGGGGGCACAUUAAGCCUCCCUGGGAAAGAGUGCUGGAGAGAAGUCGAACCUCAGCGACAGGAAGUGGGAUGUGGAUACGUGGGAGUUUUGCCCAACCGUUCCACAAUUGCGGACUUGGAAAAGGCAUUGGAACGUGUCUUUCACAGUGUCCUGUGGGGGUGCUCCGAGAGUACAGGGUUGGUGAAACGCUACUAUGUGCCAUUCGGCCCAACCGCAGCAGGAGCCUGGUUCGCAUUGCCAGCAGUAAGACCAAUCCUAAACCUGUUCGCAGAUAAUGUGGUCCUGAUGGCCUCAACAAGCUGUGAUCUUCAGCGUUUACUGGGGUGGUUUGCAGCUGAGUGUGAAACCUCUGGGAUGAGACUCAGCACCUCCAAAUCUGAGGCCAUGGUUCUCAGUCGGAAAAGGGUGGAUUGCACCCUCUGCUUUGGGAGUGAUGUCUUGCCCCAAAUGCAGGAGUUCAAGAAUCUCGGGUCUUGUUCAGGAGUGAGGGAAGGUUGGAGUGUGAGAUUGACAGGUGGAUCGCUGCAGUGUCUGCAGUAAUGCAUUCGCUGAACCAGAUCGUCGUGGUGUAGAGAGCUGAGCCUGAAGGCUCAUUUGUCUGAAAUUAGUUUUCUCCUGGACUCAAUCUAAGAGAAUGGGUGAGGAACUCUGUCUCUCAGACCUAGGACACACUGGAGAGAGUAUGGCUCACAGAUGGCCUGGUGGAACUGGAAGAGGUGGCCAGGCACCACGAAGUCUGGCCUUACUUAUGAGACCCCCGUGCCCUGGACCCUGAUAAGCAGGUGAAAAUGGAUAGAUGGAGGGUACAAAAAAAAAGCAGAGAAUAGAAAGAUGCUGGUCUGCUUCUUGACUACGGUUGAGUGACCUCAUGCUGCUGUAAAUAAUAAAUGAUGCAAUCAUGUAAACAUAAUAUAUCUGAUUACCUUCAAGGAUGCUUUGUUUGUGGUCCUCGGAGCACUGAGUUUGGCUGGGCUUUCCCAGCUGUUUGUCAAUGCUUCGGCUUGGAAUGAAGGCCUGAACCGUAAAGCAGUAGCUUUCCCCGUGAUCCAGAUCCGGUAUCUCCAUCACGUUGCUCUUUGAGAUGUACACUUUCUAGAAACAGAGGUAAGUCAUGACUUCAUUUGUCAAGUAUGAGGCUGAUUUGCUGAUUCAUCAAAUGUACCUUGCCAGUGCUCUUGUUCCUACGAUAAGUAACUUUAUACUGUAACUUCUCUGAAAAAAUGUCCCUGAUGUUCAGCUGCUGAUCUUCUUGAAACAAAGCAGUCAGCGGGUCUGUCACCAACAGCCAAGUCUUCUCCUUGUCCUUGCUCACCUCCAGCUUGAAAUCCACUCUGCCAAUGUCAGCUGGAUAAGUAGAAUCACAAUCAGAAGAAUAAUUCAUAUCAUCUGGAUAAAUUUGAUCAUAAUAACAAUUCAUAUCAACUAUAUAUACACUCCUGAUCAAAAUCUUAGGACCGGUUGAAAAAUUGCUAGAAUUAGCAUUUUGCACAUUUGGAUCUUAAUGAGGUUUUAAGUAGAGCUACAAUAUGCAAAAACAAGAAGAGGGAGUGAGACAAAAAAAAUUAGAAGCUUGUAAUUUAAACCAAAAAAAAAAAACUGAAAUAGGUUGUUUAUCACCAAGUUUAGGACCACAGGCUAUAAAAGACAAAAUCUGCUCAAAAUGUUCAUUUUCUGUCAUGUCCUCCUGAUGGUAAAGCUAAGAAGCUUUCUCUUUUUGAACAUGUUGGGAUUGUGGAGCUGCAUAAGCAAGGCCUCUCGCAGCGUGCCAUUGCUGCUGAGGUUGGGUGCAGUAAAUCAGUCGUUCUACAUUUUUUGAAAGAUCCUGAGCAUUAUGGAACAAAAAAGUCAAGCGCUAGACCCAAAAAAUCACACCUGCGCGGAGCUGGAGGGCGGUCUUCCACCCACAUGAAGGCCUUACUGGUGCAGACUGCAGCGCAAUAACUAUUAGACAGCAUCUGCGGGAAAAGGCUUUAAAAACAAAAAAGGAAUUCAAAGACCUCGUCUCCUUCAACGCCACAAAAGUGCCCGUUUCGACUUUGCCAGGGAGCAUCAAACAUGGGACAUUGAAAAGUGGAAAAAAAGUUGUAUUCUCUGAUGAGAAAAAAUGUAACCUUGAAGGUCCAGAUGGCUUCCAACGUUACUGGCAUGACAGGGAGAUCCCACCUGAGAUGUUUUCUACCCGUGGAGUGUAGUCAACCAUGAUCUAGGGUGCUUCUUCAUUCAGUGGAACACCGGAGCUUCAGGUGGUGCGGGUUCGUCAAACGGAUGCAGAUGUUGUGGAGGGCAUCCCUCAUGACCGAGGGCCCUCGUGUGUGUGGUAACAGCUGGGUUCUUCAACAGGACAACACUGCAGUUCACAAUGCUGGCUUGACCAAGGACUUCUUCAGGAAGAAUAACAUCACUCUUUUGGACCAUCCUGCAUGUUCCCCUCAUUUAAAUCCCGUAGAGAACAUUUGGGGAUGGAUGGCAAGGGAAGUUUAUAAAAAUGGCCAUCAGUUCCAGACAGUUGAUGUUCUUGGUGAAGCCAUCUUCACCACUUGGAGCAAUGUUCCCACUCGCCAUCAGGAGUGUAUAUACAGUCGUCCCAGUUGGAAAUUUGAGGCUUCACUCUCAUCACGGUUUAAAAAAAGAAAUGAAAGUGGAAUGGCUGUUGGAGUAUGUGCGAACAGAAGAACAGUGCAAACAUAAGAACAAGAGGUGAAACUGGGUGAGAUUUUGUCUUUUUUGAAGUGAGAAAGGGCUGCUCUGAAAAACUUGUUGCGCAGCUAGUUAGCUAGUUUUUGGAGGGAACAGUGUGGACUGAAUGGAAGUUGGUUGGUUGGUUGGUUGGUUUAAUUUAUUUCGAACACGCAUAUGUCCGAAAAGGAGUAGGAAGAAGCAGAGCUUAUUUAAUCCUACCCCCUCUUCGUAGCACAUCAAUUGCUAAUAAAUAUGUGUACAUACAAACACGUGCAUACAUAUAUAUACACCUACAUCUGCACCUACACAAGUACGCACAUAUUUACAUAUACAGUAUACAGGUACACAAAUGAUUAAAAAAAAAAAGUUAUUUUUUUUUUUUUUUCCAUUUUUUCCUCCUUCUCCUUUCCUUUUCCCUUUCUAUUUAUCCUGUCCUUUCUCUCCUGUUGAUAUCCACAUCGUCUUUAGUGUUGCACUGCUAGUGACGCUGGGUUUGUAUACAAGAGUUCCUUUUAUUAAUUAUGUUGAGGUUAUUGCUAUGGAAUGUAGUCCUUCUCGUUGUAUUGGUCUGUCUUGUAGGCUGUUUCCUCCAUUAUGCUCAUUAUCAUAGUAAUAUAAUGUUUAAUAUGCAUCCAGAUCACUGAUAUCUUGGACAACAAGCACUCUUGCGACUCCUGGACUUCCUUUUAGUUUGAUGUAGAUUUUCCCGUCAGUGCUCCAAGUGUUUUGAAUCUUUCCUUGCUUCCUCAGGUCUCGUGCUUUCCUGGCGAUGUCGGAAUUGCGUUUUGUGAGAUGCUCAUUCAUGUAGACGUUGGUGCCUCUUAGCUUCUUUCCCUGUUUCAGCAGUGCAGUUUUGAAUUCCCUGUUGGUGAACUUAAUGAUGACAGGUGUGGUGUUGUUCCUGCCAUGGAGUGGGACGCAAGUGUGUACUGUUGACAUCAACAUCCACCUCCUUUGAGUGUAGUAGUAGUGUAGUGUAGUGUGCUUUAUUAAAUGAACAUCUCUUGACUUGGAUAUGAUUUGGAGCCCUGUGAGGACCACAUCAUUCAUUCGUGCCAUCUGAUCCACCUCGUCAAUGAAGUUUUUAAUUUGCUCCUUGAUAUUCUCCUUUUGCUUCUUUCUCUUCCUCAAGGGUGGUGCAAAAGUCAGCAUUAUCCUUCAAUAGUGCCUUGAUUUCAUCCUGUAGAAUGUUGAUAUCAUUGCAUAAUGCUCUAUUUUCUUCCCUGGGGUCUUUAGCGUCCUUAAGAUCAGUACAUGGGGUGGCUUCCAUAUGGUUUAUAGCCUCCUUGAGAACAGUGCGCAAGGCAGCGUUAUCUUCCAAUAAAGCCCUGAUAUCAUCCUGCAGAACCCUAACAUCCUUGCAAAAUGCUGUAUUUUCUUUACGGUUUAUCGCUUCGUGAAGAGCAGAGCGCAAGGCAGCAUUGUCAUUCAACAGUACCUUAAUGUCGUCCUGCAGAACCUUGAAAUCUUCCACUGGGUAUUUAACCUCCUUAAGAGCGGCACCCAGGUCUGCAUUUUCAUCUUGCAACUUCUUGACCUCUUUUCUUAGUUUUUUGAUAUACUUGUCCUGUGCUCUAUUUUCUUCCAUAAUGUUUGCGAUUGACUUACUCUGUACUCUAUUUUCUGCCGUAAUGUUUGUGAUACCAUUCCUUAUAAACUGCAUUUGAAGCUGAAUGUUUCUCUGCCAUUGAAUGCAGUUUCUCAAUUGCUUGCAUUAUUUGUGGUAGAGUGAUCUCUCUACACUCGAGGAACUCCUUGGUAGCCUUCCUAAACUCUAGGUAACCUGGAAAAAGGGCUUCUGUUUUUAUGUCCACGUCAGAGCCUGAAUCAUUUUCCUCUUUGAGUUCAGAGCCAGUAUCAUUUUCCUUUGUGUUUGACAUUGUUGCUAAGCAACCUCUUUGAACUUCAGCAGUUCGCUAAUUAGCUAGACUUGCUAGCAGGUAUCAAUACUUGUAUCUGUAUCUCUCGACUCUCCAAGUUAAAGGAAUUCAGAUGGGGGAUUCAGCCAUCAGCACUGAUGCUGUGCUCAUGUAGUGUUGUCAGGAAAGCACCAAAAUAGUUAAAAUUUCCAGUAUCAUCAACAGAGCUCCUGCCAUACACGUCCUUCCCCGUCAAGGAAAAAAAAAAAAAAAAAAAAAAGUUGGACGGAAGUUGGACAACCUUAAGCAUCACAUUCAGUAAAAAGAGUCAUUAGAAUGUUGUUGGAACUGUACGAAGACGCAAGAUGUAAAUGGGGAUGAUUACAUUACUGCAGGAGAGUGCCAAAGGUCGAGAUUCAUUAAUAUUCAGAGAAGAGGAACAAGCUGUCACACAAAAAGAAAUCCGACCCUAAGCAAUGUAUAGUUCUAUGUUCACACUGGCUGUGCUCUUAAACUUUUGAUCAGCUGAUGAACAGCCUGUUUCACUUCAAUGCUUGUUUGCAAUAAAUUCUCUAAACAUGCAAUCCCAUUUCUUCUUUUUGCACUUCGGAGGUCUACUUACAACCUCCUUAAAGGGUCCCUGACACGAUUCAUCAACGUUGCUUAAAUAUGUUAUAUAUUGCUUGUAAUUAUGUUGUACAUUGUUCCAUUUUUGAAAGCUAACGGUAAAUUUGCAAGAAUGACAUUUAUAGUUGAUGCUGCCACCCAUGACGAGCUAGCUCUCGCUGUUCAGUCUCUUUUCCGGAAGUGACGCCAUCGGAGUGCUAUCACUCAGCUACACAAACAUGGCGGUGUACGAGACAAAAGAUGUUUACAGUGAUUAUGGCCAAGAUUUGAGCCAUUUGGAGAUGAAAUAGAGAACUUUCAGAACAUGGACUUAAGCCUUAAGACAUGGAGCUGAAGAUUGGUCGCCUUCAAAACACAGAAUGGUUAGUUUAAAUUCCUCUGGAGUUGCUUAUCCUUCAAUUAUUGUUUUAAAUCGACUCCUUAAUGAGCAUGAAGGGGUCUUUAUAGCCUGAUUUAUUUCAUAUUUCGUCUCUGUCACGGCCCCCGACCCCCCACAGUAAACAUAAAUAUGUUUGAAAAGAUGUUUUUAUAACAUGUAUAAUGCUGUGCAGCUUUGUUGCUAUCGUGGAAUAGUGUGUAGAAGACAUUAUGUAAAGAAGACAUGACUUACUCUGUGGCAACUUUGACGUCGUUCUUGUCUUUUUUUUUUUUCCUGUGUACCGGCGGAAUAGCAUUCUUUUUCAAAAUGUGUUUAUAGCGUACUUUCAAGCCAAAUGCUUCUUGUAAAAGUGUUUCUUCAUAGCAGUCAGCGAAAUGAUCACUGCAAAGAACAGACCUGGAGGUGGCGUCCAUCUGUCUGAUUCUUUCCACUUGCUUUGUCCAUUUUUGUCCUAAACCUUCCUCUUUUGGAAAAGAAAACAAACUUGCAGUAUCACUGGAUCACUAUAAAACGGUCACAUCAGGAUGCCCUGCUCACAAUAUUGUGCAAGCAGUCACUCAGUUUUACUCCACACAUGGACUGGACUUUCAGAGAAUGGUGAUGCUGACCUUUGAUGGCGCCUUAGUAAUGCUAGGAAAGCACAGCGGAGUUGCAGCUUUAUUGAAGCGUAGCUUUCUUUCACACACACUUGAAAUUAUCGGGGGAACAGUGUCCAACUUUCAUCACUCUUAGCUGGGGUGUCACUCAGCUCUCGAGACGUCAAUGUCAACUACAAUAAUGAUGGCACUGAUAGCUGCUACUACUAAUUAUUUACUUUUUACGUGUACUUACAGUGCCCUCCAUAAUUAUUGGCACCCCUGGUAAGGAUUUGUUCUUUACCUUCUAAUAUAUACAGCAUGUGCAUGGCUCAGAUUAAGGGUACCCAAGUGUUACAUUUUGGGUAAAAUUUCAAACUGGUGGAUAGACCUUGGUAAUGUUAUAAACACAAACCCAACAUACCAGAGCUGGAGACAUCUUCCAUUUCCCAUAGCAACCCUCCGAAGUUCACUCUUUCUUAAAUGUAAUGCACAUAACUCGGUGUAGACUUUCUGCUGUUAUCUCUGCAUAGAUUUGACUUUUGUUAGAAAAGUAACUUAUAUUUGAGAGAGUAUCAUAAAGUAAAUAAAAACAAGUGACAAAUCUAGAUCUUGAAUUAAAGCUCUGAAAAUAUGGCAAAGAAAAAUGGACCUUCAGUCCUUACCAUGCCAUUGUUGUAUCACUACAAAGACUACAAAUCCCAUCAGCUGUUCUUAAGACUGUAAUGACAUAAACUUUGACCCAUCAACUCCACACUUGUUUUUGCUUUUUUGCUACAUAGCCGUGCUAGCGCAAAAUAAAAACAUGAACAGGCUUAAUUUAUGGUUUGGUAAGCUUCCUCACUCUAUAAACGUCAGAGUGAUAGGGAUAGUACACAACAACAACAGUUUCAAAUCCUACACAAGUGAAGUUGAAGACAGCAAAGGGUACCCUUGAUCUGAGCCAUGCACAAAUAUACAAUACAGUAGCGGCCACCUGUAUAGAACGGCCACCUGCCUAUAGCGACCAGUGAAAAAUCCCCCGCGGAAAAUGUACGUGUUAUAGACCCUGUGUAUAGCGGUCACCUGUCUAACGCGGCCAGCGGCCACCCAUUUUGUAUCCCUUGGUCAAUAUCUGACCGCAUAUAGCGGCCAAAAUGCCGACUCAAGCAGAAGCUUCAUGCAUGAAAAAGUUUUGGUUUUUUAAGCAAUGAAGCCGUCGUGUGUAGACUUUAGUGACUGAGUCCUAGUUUGACAUAAAAAAGUCUUCUUACUUUGCAAUGCCGCCCUGAAAAGAUUCAAUGACUGCCAAAAUGGUAAUCUUCCCACAAUCUUCCCACGCAAUGCCGUGAAUAGAUUCUAAAAUAGCAAAAACACCUGAAUAAAACAUCUAAAAUAUCACUUAAUUGCUGACUAAUUAGAGAUUAGAAGCCCAUUCAAUAAGAAAGGAGCGAUGGUGUUGUUAGUUUACGAUGAUCUUCGCACCUUCUCCGCACUCAAUUGCUCACGCACACACCCAUUCAUGACUGCUUCACACGUAUCCUGUACAAACUAUAUAUCCUCAGGCUCGUUCACUAAAAUUUUUAUUUCUUGCUUUUAAAAUCGUGUUUUAAAAAAAGUCUAAGAUUGAAAUUUAUGACAUUCUGCAGGACAGGAGCGAGCGUCCCCUGUCCUGCGCUCUUAUUUGGCGGGCUGUGCCUUCUCCGGGGAGAAGUAGGCAGCCGCUUCAUGCCUGGUGGCCGCGCAGCUGCGGUCAAUUAACAUUUGUGGUGGAUAAAAGGCCAGCGUGGCGCUGGUUGAUUGUUGUUAUUGAUAUUACUAGUUUCCUUACCGGAGCUGUUACCUAGAUUUACCUACCUGUUUAUUUGUCAACAGAGCGUUUUCCCCUAUGUCUCUUGGUUUUGCUCCAGUCUUUUUGUGAAUACAUGUUAGUAUGUGUGCACACAAAUUCAAAAUGGCCGCCAACCUGUCUAUAGCGGCCACCUGUCUAUA